AAAAUGGCUGUUAAAUACAAAAACGCGCGGAUUUUGACCUUCGUGAUGGCAUUUGUAUGCGCACUUCUGGGUGUGGCCUUAUUUGUCACGUCGAUAACUUUCCUCACUUAUCCAAAUUUUAUUGAGUGGUACAUCCAGAUUACCAAAGUGGAAAUCGUCUGCCGUAUAGCGAUUGGACUGUCGGUUCUGAUUUUUGUCGCCGGAGCCGUUAAUUUGGCUGCUACUUUUCGGGAGGAUCUCACACUCAUCAAAGUUUCCAUUGCUCUGAUGGUUAUCGCUUUUGUACUGAAUGCGAUCUGCAUCAUCGUUGCCUUCGUCAUGGAGUUUAGAGCUCAGGAAGACGUGAGCGAUCAAAUUUACGCAAAAAUGCGAAAAUAUGGACAGGAGGAAUUCCAAAUGGCUACCGAUACCUGGGAUUUUUUCCAGAAGACCCGUCAAUGUUGUGGGUCAGAUGGCCCUGGUGACUGGAAGUUUACCCCUUUUUACGAAGAUGGCAACCAAGAUCAACUGAUUCCGCGGAGUUGCUGCAAAGCGUAUGCAACCGCCACGCCAGUUGAACCUUCCUGUCAGAAAAUGUCAGACCCUUCUCUGUAUUACACUGAAGGUUGUCGGAGCUCAGUAAAUGAACUGUUGUGGGCGUUCAUUGGUGUUAUUGUAGUUGUUUUGGCUAUUUGUAGCGUCUGUGAGAUUGUAGGAUCCAUCUCGUCGUGGAUGCUGGUUAAAGAACUUUCGAAAGACGAUGAGCCCUAUGAAUUCAAUCCCCCUCCGACCACAGCGCCGAAAUUGAACAAUUACUCUGGAACUUUGAGGUCGCAAUUCAGUGGAGUGGGUAGUGAAUCCAGUCACAGGCCACGCCCACAACCUGAACCUCCUAUCUCCGAGACCGGAAGUGUGCGAAGCGGAAGAAGUGGUCGAAGUGGGCCAAGGUCUGAGGAUGGACGCGGUGGCUUCACCCGAAACCACCAUAAUUUUAUAAAUCAACAGCCUAAAUUCAAUCAACAAAUGUCAGUGGCAUCGCGACAAGAGGGAGAAUAUCAACCUCAAUUGCCGCCUCCUCCCCCACCACCACCGGUUCGGUACAGUCCAGUGCCAGCUGAUGACAACGAAGACUUCGAUGUUUAGCUUAGAACUGAAUCAAGCUUAAUUCCUUCAUUUCUAUACUUUUUUAUAGUUUCUUAUUUGAAAGCAUAUCUGUCACCAGCAACAUUUCAAACUAUGCAUAUCAGUAAAAGUUUCAAUGAUCCAUUUUCAAGUUCAAAAAAUUUGUAAAAAAAAAUAGUUGUGCGUUUCUCUUAUCUAAUUUACUCGUUGAGUUUCAUUGAUCUGUAAAGAACUAUAAAUUACCUCGAUAUGUAUAAGAGAGCGCAUAUUUUAGACUUAAGUUGGUUUAAAGUGAAAGCUUAAAAGUAUGCACAAAUUUAAAUCUACCUUUUCACAUAAAUUAAAACAUAACUGCACGUUUUUGUUCAUUUUUCUGUAAAUACAUUUUUAAGCAAUUGUUUUAAAAAUUAAUUGUUUCUCUUAACUCAGUUUUAUGUGUUAGUUCUGUCUUGAUAGACUCCGGACAAGAACACAAUCUUGCAGAUGAAUUUAGCAUUCGUGUCUCAA